AUGGCAGACAAGAAGUGGCUAUUAUCGCCUGGGCCUCUGGAACCGAUGCCCCUGGGCAUGAACUGUAAGCCCUGGUACAAAGACAAGUUACCUUCCAAGUGUUUCGCAAAGCACAAGAAGGAGCUCCUGAAGUUUCCCACCUCCCUUGACAGCCGGCAGUGGAUAUUUGUGAAAGAGGGGCUAGACGACUUCCGGAAGGGAUGUCCACCUUGUGACGAUAUGAUAACUCGCGGUCCUAAGGAGGGUUUUCUUCCCGUGAUUGCCCACAGAGCUCCCUGGCAUGCCCCAAAAAAGAGUCAGAAAGAGGUGCCCAAGGGAGCAGAACUGACUUCCACGCUCUCGCCAGCCCAGCUCGCAAGGAAGGCAUUCGUGGAAGACAUCGAAGCCCAUCUGACCAAGCAUCGCUUGGCUCUCUACCCGAAUCUGGAGGCAGAUCUACCCGCAGACCUCUUAUUAAAGGUGCUGGAAGUGCUUGAUCCUGACAGGAAGCUGGAGGACACCUGGGUUUAUUGUCAGUGCCCCAGGAAAAGAACCAGGUCCCCUACAAAACUUCGUAAAAAAACUCCUGCCAAGGUGCACCUGGAACCUCUCAAGGAAACUCCUGGGUCACAUCCAACCACUUUGCUUCAUGAAGUCAGGAAGUCCAGCAGAAAGGAUUCACUCACCGAUCCUCCUAUUCAUAAAAAACCCCCAAGAGGAAUUACUGAAUUCUGCAAAUGGGUCGCUACUUUUGGAGACUUGGGCAUUGAUGAAGAGUUCAUCAUGAAAAUGUGUGAGGUUAGCUGUGAGUGUCCAGCAACCUAUGAUAAACCGAGUAUAAAGAAAGUAACCCAGGUUUCUUCAGAGGUAAAGUACAACAUUGGGCUAGAUGAAAAGUCAGAGAUAAAAUUCUCCGAGGAGGAACGAAACUGGGAGAGGAAACUCAAGAAACCAAAGAAUCCUUAUAAACCCGACUGGGUGAAGAUGAGGUAUGGCGCAUGGUACCUGAAGCCCAAGUUGUGGAAAAAGCUAAUAAAUGAUGAACCUUUGAUAGAUCCCAAGGUCUUACUUGAAGGCCCAACAGAGGGUUUUGGAAGGAAGAUUCCUGAAUAUGACAUUCUUGAAGAUCUUUAUGGAACAAUUGCAUUUAAAGAUUUCAUUCUAAGCAAGGGCUACAGGAUGCCAGACAUCCUUGAGAGACUGUUUACCAGGAAGGGAUGGAAAUAUGAUUCUGUUAAGACUCCUAUAUACAAAGUAAUACGAAUCAACUUGAAUGCAAAAGAUUCACAGGAGGAGGUUUAG